AUGAUAGAUCAAAGGUCAGAUGGCGAUAUUUGUUAUUUGGUGAGCUAUCGUCGUGACGGGGGCGACUGGGAGGAGACGACGGAGGUUGGCCCUCGUGCCAUGGGGCACACCCUGCAGCCGCUCCUCUGCGGAUCCACCUACCAACCCUACAUCACCACCGUCAACAAAAUCGGCUCCGGUCCAGCCUCAGAUAUUUUGACCCGCAGCACGAAAGGCGGUGCCCCAAUUUCGCCCAAGAAGGAGGAAGCCCUUCUCACGAACCAUUCGACGAUCGUGGUGCGUCUGGACCUUUGGAAGGACGCCGGCUGCCCCAUUCUCAGAUUCAUGAUCGAGUACAAACAGUCCCAGGAAAAAAGCUGGAUGCGAAUCCCAGCCGAGCUCAAUGGUUCUGCCAAGUCGUACACGUUGACGGGACUUUACGCCAACACGCGGUACGACAUUCGCGUCACGGGCGGAAACCAUGCCGGCGACACGUUGGCUAAAUACGAAUUCCUCACCGGAUCCCUUCCCCCACUGGCCACCACCAUUCACGGUGGUGGAAAAUCCCCGGGAGAAAGUGUUGAAGAAAGUCGUAAUGGAGGGAGUGCUUCGGAUGAAAACAAGGCGUCCACGUUGAGCACGUGGCUUCUGAUCGUGUUCCCCUCCAUCCUCGCACUCGCCAUGGUCACCGCCGUCAUCUCAUUCUUCUGCUACUUCCGGAGAAAACCUUAUAUUUCAAAAACUGAUUAA